AUUGUGCGACCUCUGUGAUUGGUCAGUUUUGUGCACGUGGUGCAGCAAAAUGGCUGCCAGCGUCAGCGGCGAUGAUGGUGUGGACCACAUCCUGGAGCCGCUGUGUUUUCCAGAGCAGCCUCAUGCUACUUAUUCCGACGAUCCCGCCUGCCAUCCUCUUCCCGGUCCGCACUGCGGCGGCCCAGAGACGCUGUCGUGUCUCUUCUGCUCAGAGUCGCUCCCUCUGACGCACAAGGACAACCUCCUCAAGCAUCUUCUGCUGCAGCACAAGUUGGUCAUCGCGGAUGUCCAACUCAUUGCAGACCUCCCAAAGUACCUGCUGUACUGGAAAGGCCGAUUUUUGGAGCAGCCAAUCAGAGAUUUCUGUAGUGAGAUCAAGACCAACUCCACCGGGCCUGUUGAGAAACAGGAGCGUUACUUCCUGCUGUGUGACGUCCUCCCGGAAGACCGCGCCCUGCGAGAGAAGCUCCAGCAGAAACGUCUGGAGGAGGUGCUGGAGCAGCAGCAGAAGGAGCGAGAAGAUCGCAGCUUCCGUCGCGUGUGCAUGUUCUGCAAUGACGAGUUCAGCGGCAACAGGUCGGAUCUCCUGAACCACAUGGCCCACGAGCACGCCUUCAGCGUCGGGCUUCCCGACAACAUCGUCUACUGCGACGAGCUUCUGGACACGCUGCAGAGCAAAGUGGACAACCUGCAGUGUUUGUACUGCGAGAAGACGUUCAAGGACAAGGUGACGCUGAAGGACCACAUGAGGAAGAAAGCGCACCGCCGCAUCAACGCCAACAACCGACAAUACGACCGAUUCUACAUCAUCAACUACCUGGAGCUGGGGAAGACGUGGGAGGAAGUGCAGAGCGAGGACGACCGGGAGCUCCUGGACGACAAAGACGACGACUGGUCCGAAUGGCGCGAUUGUCCCGUGUCGGCCGUCUGCUUGUUCUGCGAUCUUCGGCGCGACGCCAUGGAUGACAUCUAUACUCACAUGAAGGAAGUCCACGACUUCGAUCUCCAGCAUCUGAGGGCGGAGCUCAACCUGAGGUUCUACCAGCAGGUCAAGCUGGUCAACUUCAUCCGCCGUCAGAUCCACCAGAACCGCUGCCACGCCUGCCAGGGCAAGUUUGGCUGCAGGGGCGACGUCCUGCGACAUCUGCGGGAACGGCAGCAUGCCAUGAUGCUGCCCCCCAUCCGCAUCUGGAACCAACCCCAGUACUACUUCCCCACCUAUGAGAACGACGCCCUAUUGUGUGCGCUGUCCGACAGCGACGGCGAGGAGAGCGAUGGACCAACGGGGGAAGAUGGCGUCCCGGUCAUCGCCGAGGACUUGUUGGACGCCAGGCUUGUCAAGGAGAACAGCGUCCUCAGGAAUCUGCUCAAACCCGCCACGUAAGAACGCACAUGUGGUUCGUCACCUGCUGGACACCGGACUCCACCCUUUCAGGCACUUUAUUCACGACACCAUGUCGCAGCUGUAAAGACGGAGCAAUAAAUGGAUUUCUAUUUG